AAUACCACACGGAACAAGAAAAUGGGACAUAACGGCAAACUUGGACAAAAAUACUCAAAGACUGCAGUGGGUGUGGCAGUGGCAGGAGGCUUAGUGGGCGUAUCAGCUUUAACUGCAGUAACAGUUGCUACUGGAGCUGCUGAAGCACUAAUAGCUCUUCCUGUUUUUGUAACUCCUGGAAGCAUGCUUGCUGGCCAUAGGUUUUUUAAUACUCCCUCUACCUCUCCUCCCCCCUGUGGACCUGUCAGAAUAAACGAUAUGAGAUGGUCGUGUUGUAAGGGUCCUGAGAUAGGUGGGGAGGGAUGUACGCCCCUCUGUGAUCUCUGUGAUUCAGAAUGGGGUUCAGGAGCCCCUUGUGUUCUAAUCAGAAACCCUGAUCGAGGAUUACAGGGACAAAUGGAGAAUUAUGAAGUUUUUAUCAAGAAUCAUGAUCUUGUAGAGAAUACUCCCUUAGCAAACUCAACAUAAAUACUCCCUACUCCCCCUCAUCUUGUAGAGAAUACUCCCUUAGCAAACAAAACAUAAAUACUCCCUACUCCCCCUCAUCUUGUAGAGAAUACUUUCUUAGCAAACUCAACAUAAACACUCCCUACUCCCCCUCAUCUUGUAGAGAAUACUCCCUCAGCAAACUCAACAUAAAUACUCCCUAAUCCCCCUCAUCUUGUAGAGAAUACUCCCUUAGCAAACUCAACAUAAAUACUCCCUACUCCCCCUCAUCUUGUAGAGAAUACUCCCAUAGCAAACUCAACAUAAAUUCUCACUACUCUCCCUCUUCUUGUAGAGAAUACUCCCUUAGCAAACUAAACAUAAAUACUCCCUACUCCCCUUCCUCUUGUAGAGAAUACUCCCUUAGCAAACUAAACAUAAGUACUCCCUACUCCCCCUCAUCUUGUAGAGAAUACUUCCUUAGCAAACUAUACAUAAAUACUCCCUUCCAUAGCAAACAAAACAUGAAUACUCCCUUCCCCCCCCUCAUCUUGUAGAGAAUACUCCCUUAGCAAACAAAACAUAAAUACUCCCUACUCCCCCUCAUCUUGUAGAGAAUACUCCCUUAGCAAACAAAACAUAAAUACUCCCUACUCCCCCUCAUCUUGUAGAGAAUACUUUCUUAGCAAACUCAACAUAAACACUCCCUACUCCCCCUCAUCUUGUAGAGAAUACUCCCUCAGCAAACUCAACAUAAAUACUCCCUAAUCCCCCUCAUCUUGUAGAGAAUACUCCCUUAGCAAACAAAACAUAAAUACUCCCUACUCCCCCUCAUCUUGUAGAGAAUACUCCCUUAGCAAACAAAACAUAAAUACUCCCUACUCCCCCUCAUCUUGUAGAGAAUACUCCCUUAGCAAACAAAACAUAAAUACUCCCUACUCCCCCUAAUCUUGUAGAGAAUACUUCCUUAGCAAACUCAACAUAAAUACUCCCUACCCCCCCUCCUCUUGUUUCUUCGUUGGUCAAAGUAAUGCAACUUACUACAGUACACACCGAAAGCUUAAUUAAAGGUGAACUACAAAAAAAUUUACCCGGUGAUAUGAUUUUUUUUCUAAGUCUUGAUCUUAUGAAACAUGCUUAUUUUGAAACAUUAUUUUUAAUCUUCAAAAAAUAGUUUCGAUUUUUAUGUAAUAUUUUUCUGAUAAAGUAAAUUUCAUUUUUUGGCAAAUUAAAACUUUUUAAAAUAGAAUAAUGUAUUAACAAGUUGUUAGUUGUUACCUUAGAAUACUCCAAUAAGAAAAGAAAAGAAAAUAAAGGGAAUGUAGAAGAUAUUUUAUAGAGUUGCAUGUCUAAUUCACAACGAUACAAUUUAAACCUUAGUCUGAUCAAACAUGACGCAUAUAUCUUUAUUUUCCGAGCUGAAAACUCAUAGAUUAAUAUCAAUACAGAUAGAACACUAGCAGUCUUUUCAAGAUUUAGGGAUUUUUCGUUCACAAUAAACCUGAAGCAGAGGCCCAAAGGAGUUGCGUUUAUGCUGCGUAGAACAGACUCUCUCUCUAUCUUGUAAUUCUACGCGACAUGCGCGUAACUUCCUUAGGCGUCUAUGCCUCAAUGUAUUGUGAAAGAAAAACCCCUAAAUCUUGAAAAGACGACAUACAGUGUUUAUCUGUAUUGUUACUAAUCUAUGGGAAAACUUCACUUGAAAUGAUGUUUACAGUCCCUUGGAUUUUUAUUUCUAUUUAUUUAUGAAUAAAACUAUGUCAAGGUCAUUCCAAAUUAUUUUAACCCGGUGCUUUAUCAUUCAAAAUCCGGUGCUGAAGAAACACACAAAAAUUUAACCCUUAAUGCUAAAAUAAAAUCAGAAAAAAAAUCAUGGCUUUCUUUUGUGAUUUAACACAAAGAAGCUGAGGUUUUGCCACUAACGGAAAUUUCCUAAUCUUUAUAUCUUUCCAAUCUUAUGUUUAAACCUUCGAUAUUUGAAUCUUGAACUGCUUCAGAAUUAUAGAUUCAAAUAUCCGAGGUCUAAGACAUUGAGUUGCGUAGAUAUCGGGAUAAAAAAUUAGAGUUUGUGGCAAAACUCAAUUCCAAAGUUUGAUAUUUAAUGUGCCAUGUAGUGUUUGUAAUCGUAGAUAUCGCUGAAAGAAUUCACUGCUGUGAUUAAAAGUAAAAUUAUAAAAAUUAAUAUUGUUUAAUAAAAGUUGUUGCUGUUCU